GCGGCGGCGGCGGGCGGCGCCCCCGGGCAAUAUGUUCAAGAGAAUGGCAGAGUUCGGGCCUGACUCCGGCGGCAGGGUGAAGGGCGUUACCAUCGUGAAGCCGAUCGUGUACGGCAACGUCGCGCGGUAUUUUGGGAAGAAGAGAGAGGAGGAUGGUCACACUCACCAGUGGACGGUGUAUGUGAAGCCGUACCGGAACGAGGACAUGUCUGCAUAUGUGAAAAAAAUUCAAUUCAAGUUGCAUGAAAGCUACGGUAAUCCUUUAAGAGUUGUUACCAAACCACCAUAUGAAAUCACCGAAACAGGCUGGGGUGAAUUUGAAAUAAUCAUUAAGAUAUUUUUCAUUGAUCCAAAUGAAAGACCUGUAACUUUAUAUCACUUGCUGAAGCUUUUUCAGUCGGAUACCAAUGCCAUCCUGGGGAAGAAAACUGUAGUUUCUGAAUUCUAUGAUGAAAUGAUAUUUCAAGAUCCUACUGCAAUGAUGCAGCAGCUGUUAACGACGUCUCGUCAACUAACACUAGGUGCUUAUAAACAUGAAACAGAGUUUGCAGAUCUUGAAGUGAAAACCAGGGAGAAGCUUGAAGCUGCUAAAAAGAAGACUAGUUUUGAAAUUGCUGAGCUUAAAGAAAGACUAAAAGCAAGUCGUGAAACCAUCAACUGUUUAAAGAAUGAAAUCAGAAAACUUGAAGAAGAUGAUCAGUCUAAGGAUAUGUGACAAGUUGUGCUGACUUGAGUGUGUACUGAAAAUGGAAAGACUUCAGUCAUGGCAUUGUAUGAGUUCUCUUCAGUUCUGUAACUGAGACUAUGAGAAUUUCACUGGCAAAUGAUUGAAGUUUGUGGCAAUCAACUCCAAAAAUGGAAGAAAGAAGAAAGAAUGUAUCCUUGUUUUAUAGUUAAAAUCUGUGGGUACUUAACGAUUUUUUUCAAGUGGAAGUGGUCUUGAAGACCAGACUACUUUUUUUUUGAAAACUGCAUUUGAGUCGUGUAUGAAAACUUUGUAUUAAGUCUUGUAUUAGUUCAAUGUGAUUUUACAAAAUGCUGGUGUUUACUUUUUUUACUUUUUUUUUCUACUGAUUGUUUAGACAUGCAUCUUUAAAGCUAAAAAUAAAAUAUGCAGUUUUUAUUUUAA